GAUGACUUGGGAAAGGAGAUCAAUCAGUUAAGAGAUAAUAAUCAUCUAUUCUCAAAAUAUGAUACACCUACAGGCUCUGCAUUUGUGACAUUCAAAACAGCUCAUUCAGCAUAUAUGUGUGCCCAAAUUGUAACAUCGUGGAAACCAGGUGUAUUUGAUACUUGUAUGGCACCUGAACCAAGAGAUAUUUUAUGGAGAAGUUUAUUAAGACGAGGAAGAAAAAGCAGAAUUAUGGGUACUUUUCGGCAAUGUAUUGUUUUUGCUGCCGUUUGGUCAUUAACGGUAUUUUGGCUAUUUCCUAUUACAUUUAUUCUAGGAUUAACAUCUAUUGAGACAUUAUCUAAUCAUGUUCCAUUUUUACGUUAUUUUUUGACUUCAUCUUUUAUAGCAAGGUCAUUUAUACAGAAUAUUUUACCCACUUUAUUAGUCACUUUGUUUAUGAGUCUUUUGCCAUGGAUAGUACUAGUAAUAUCAAAACAGGAAGAUUUUAUCUCUUAUUCGGAACUAGAAGACUGUGUGUUAGGACGUUAUUAUCACUUUGCUAUUUUUAAUGUAUUGAUUGUAUUUUUAUUGGGAACAACAUUCCUUACUACAAUGCUUGAUGUAUUAUAUGAGCCAACCAUGUUAAUCCAACUUCUUGCUAAUGCUCUACCUCAAGGAGCCAAUUUCUUUUUAAAUUAUAUCCUUUUUAACUCAUCGACACAUGCGAUUGAAUUAAUCCAACUAGGAUCACAGUUAUUUGGCCAUUUUAUCUUUAUCCAGCCUAUUUUUUCUCGUACACCUCGUAUGCGAUUAAGAUAUAAUUCACCUUGGUUCUUCUCCUAUUAUUAUUAUUACCCAAAUCAUAUAUUAUGUUUAGUGAUCGCUGUUACUUACUCUGUGAUUCAGCCUCUUAUCCUUUUGUUUUCAUUUUUUUAUUUCGCAAUUGCACUUAUGGUCUAUCGUCAUCAAUACAUGUAUUGCUACGUUCGUCGUUAUGAAACAAAUGGAUCUCGUCAUUAUCAUCGUGUUGUACGUUACACAUCAGAUGGAUUACUCAUCUUUCAAUUUACCAUGAUGGGGUUACUUUAUCUAAAGGGCGUCCCCUCUGCAGCGACUUCGAUUCUUCCCUUGAUUAUCUUUACCAUUUGGGUGAAAAUAAAACUGAAUUGUUUAAUUCAACAUUUUAAAACUCAUCCAUACAUGAAUCGAUUUCAGCAAAGGAGUGAUUCACAAGAAGCAAGCGUAAGAGAGGGUCGAGGAUUCCUUUGCUGGUGGAAGUAUGUGGACGAUAUUUGGAAAUUUUAUUAUCUAAGAGCUUGGUGGAUAUCUGGACGGUAUGCUUUAACAGAUGUGAACAAUAAUAAUGGAGAUGAUAAUGAUAUCGUCAUCUCGAUAACAGAUUCCAAUUAUUGCUCUUUUAAAGCAAUUGAACAGAUCGUUUCUGAGAGCAAUCAAGUGAAUUAUGUUGAUGAAGAAUACCCAUAUUUAGCAGAGAAGAAUACUUCUUUCGUAAAUAUAGAUAAUAGCAGUCAUGAUAAUAAACUUGCUACCCUUCGUGCUCAAACUGAACAAGCUAAUGCUCUCGCUGAAGAAUAUGAAACAAAAAUCAAGCAACUUGAACUUGAGCAUACUUCUAAAGAUCAUGAGCUUUUAUCUCUUCAAAUCCGUACAAAGAAUUUAGAAGAACAAUUAGAUAAAACUGAAGCAAAGUUACAAACCAUUUCUGCCAAUUAUAAUGAAGCUGAUUUAAAGGCUGAGGAAGCUGAACGUAAAGUUCAACAACUCGAAAUUGAAUUAGGUGAUAAAGAACAAUAUUAUGAAGAGCUUUCUGAUAAAUACAAUAGUGUAAAAUCUGAGUUGGAUGAAUUAGCACGUCAAUUUGAUGAAUUAUAAUUCUUUUUUUUUAAAAAAAAAUAAAGAAAAUUAUUGUUGAUCAUUAU